AUGGGCUUCCUACCUAAGCUCGGAGCCCCUCGCUCAAGCCAGGCCUUCGUGCCUAUCCGCCCUCCUAAAGGUCACUACUUCUUCGCCGGUAGAACGUUCCGUCGCAUUGACUGGUGGAAACAUCGCAACCUCCGCACACUUUAUAUCUAUGUGGUCAUACUAAUUCUCACCAACACGGCUAAUGGCUUCGACGGCAGCAUGAUGAACGGUCUUCAGACACUGAGCUACUGGCGCGAAUAUUUCGACAACCCCAAAGGCCCUAUUCUUGGACUUUUCAAUGCGUCUAUGAGCUUGGGUUCGUUGAUCGGCUUGUUCUUCGUUCCAUAUCUUGUUGAUAGAUGGGGACGAAAGUGCGGUGUUACUAUUGGCUGCAUAGUCAUGUUGAUUGCUGUUGGAUUGCAGGCUGGCGCCCAAAACUUUGGAAUGUUUAUUGCCGCCAGAAUGCUGAUUGGAUUCGGUGACUGUAUUGUGCUAGGUGCCGCCCCAUUGCUCAUUACCGAAAUAGCCCAUCCUCAAGAUCGUGCUAUUCUCGUAACGUUAAGCGGUGCUUCGUACCAUUCAGGAGCAUUUAUUGCAUCAUGGACUACCUACGGUACUCUCACGAUCCAAAACGACUGGUCCUGGAGACUCCCAAGUCUACUUCAAUCCAUCUGCUCGCUUAUCAUAUUGUGCAUGAUGUGGUGGAUUCCCGAAAGCCCGAGAUGGCUUCUUAACAAGGACCAGGACGAAAAGGCAAUGCAAGUCCUAUCCUACUACCACGGAGAGAACAAUCCUCAGGAUGAGUUUGUUCAACUAGAAUUUACAGAGAUCCGGACUGCCAUCGCACUAGACAAGGAAGCUGCAAAGAACUCCUGGCUUGACCUGGUAAGGACAAAGGGCAACCGCAAGCGAAUGGCUGUAAUCACGGCUAUUGGAUUCUUCUCUCAAUGGUCUGGCAACGGGCUGAUCUCCUACUACCUUUACCAAGUGAUGAACAAUGUUGGCAUCACAAGUGCCAGCACUCAGCUUGGCAUAAAUGGAGGGUUGAAAUCCUGGGGUCUUUUUGUCAACAUCUUCAUGUCGUUCUUCGUCGACAGAAUUGGACGACGAAAGAUUUAUCUCAUCUCCACUAUCGGUACUCUCUUUGCUUUCACCAUCUGGACUAUCAUCUCUGCUCGAUAUGCUAUUGAGGCUGAGCCUAAUAAAGGCCUCGGCAUUGGAUUUGUGAUUAUGAUCUUCGUUUACGGCUCCUUCUAUGAUUUCAAGUCAGGGCUGAUGGCCUCCUACACCACUGAAAUCCUACCAUACGGCAUCCGCGCCAAGGGAUUCACAUGGCUCAACUUCUGCGUCACUGCUGCCCUCUUCUUCAACCAGUACGUCAACGCCAUCGCCCUAGAAGCGCUCGCUUGGAAAUACUAUCUGGUUUACUGCGUGUUCCUGGUACUAGAGGUCGGCGUCAUCUACUUCCUCAUCAUCGAGACUCGAUACACACCUCUGGAGGAAAUCGCAAAAUUCUUCGACGGCGAUGAUGCAGUGGAUGUGGCGGAGAUUGCGAAUGCGGAAAUGAAAGUGAACAAUAUGAAUGAGGCGAAUAUGGUGCUAGAGAAGCAAGAGGUGAAGGUUGAACCCGCCUAUUUCUGCAUUGACGCAGACACUGUGAAGAUGCUGCUGAAUGCAACCACAGCUAUCUCCACGCCGGCUAUCUUACUCGUCCCGUAUGGAGAGCAUCAUGUGCUGCGGUACCAUGGGUGGAUGAAGUCGCCGGACCUUCAAGAGCUGACGGCCUCUGAACCACUGACUUUGGAGGAGGAGUAUGCGAUGCAGCUGAGUUGGCAAACGGACUACGACAAACUAACGUUCAUUGCCUGCCACCCUCUCUCUGGCCCCGCCUCCCAAGAUUCUGAGAGGGGUUCAAAUGAUGGAAUUGUAUCAUCUCAGGGGUAUGACGCCCCAGAAGAGAUGAUUGGCGAUGUGAACCUAUUUCUCAGGCUUGCCUAUGAGCUUGAUGGAGAAGGGGAGGAGAUGCUGAAUCGGCCGUACGUACGCGGCGAGAUCGAGCUGAUGAUUGCGUCCCCAAGCGAUCAAGGCCGCGGGUUUGGGAAAGCGACAUUGCUUGCUUUUCUGCAGUAUAUCAAAAAUCACACGGUUGACAUACUCGACCAGUAUAAGAGCCACUCACCGGAUGGGAUCGUGAACCGGGUCGAACAGCAGGAUGUGAAAAUGGGCGGAUUGGUGCUCGUUUCGAAGAUCAACAAAACCAACGUGAAGAGUCGAAGUCUGUUUGAGAGCGUUGGUUUUGGUCAGGUUGGCAAAGAGGACUAUUUUGGCGAGAUAGAGUUGAAGCUUUCUGGGGGCGUGGACGGCCUCAAGCCGGUAGAUGGGUGGUGUGAGGUUGGGUACCAGAAAUCGGGUGUGUCACAGCAGUAG